AAGGUGCCCAGAUUAAUAAAUGAGAAUCUCUACAAUCUCCUUUCUGUGAAAGUAGGGGGUAGGUUCUUAAGCCCCCAGUAGAGAGAGAAAAAACACACAUAUAGACAGACAGAUUGAGAACCCUAGAGAGAAAAAGCUAGCUAGAGAGAGAGGGAAUUGUCUCCUUCUAUGCGUGUGUUCUCGUCGAUGCAACUCGAUUAGCGAUGUCCAAGAUGAAGCAUCUUUUCCGAAGACUCCACAUAGGCAGUGGCUUCAACGACCACCACCACCACCACCACCACAGAAGACACCCUUCUCCGCCGCCCACGGCGCCGCCUCCCGCGCCGUCAUUGGCGGAUUCUUCUUCUUCUUCAUCGUCGUCGGCGGCAUUGGUGACGACCAGAGCUGUUGAUUCGGUUGAGAAGUCCGUUGAUGUUAGCUUCUUUGAAGAGGAUUUCCAGGUGCAACUUGCCCUAGCGAUGAGUGUUUCGGAUCCCGAUGCACGCGAAGACCCUGAAACAGCUCAGAUCAAGGCCGCCAAGCAGAUAAGCUUGGGCUGUGCUCCUUCUGAAACCCUCGUUGAGUUUCUCUCUCUUCGCUAUUGGAGUUAUAAUUUUGUGAAUUAUGAUGAGAAAGUGACCGAUGGGUUUUACGAUGUAUAUGGCAUUACUUCAAAUUCAGGCGUGCAAGGGAAGAUCCCACUGCUGCUAGAUCUCCAAGCAAUUUCUGUUUCAGAUAAUGUCGAUUAUCAAGUUAUUCUAGUGAACCGUGCCAUUGAUUCUGCCCUGCACCAGCUCGAGGAAAGAGUAUAUGCUGUUUCUCUGGACUACCAGCUUGUGUCACCGUCUCCAUUUAUGAAUGGCAUAAUCCAGAAAAUUGCUGAUCUUGUCGUUGAUAGGAUGGGCGGUCCAGUUAGUGAUGCAGAUGAAAUGUUGAAAAGAUGGACUGUCAGGAGUUAUGAAUUGCAUAAUUCUCUGAACAGUGUCAUUCUUCCCCUUGGCUGUCUCAAUAUUGGACUUUCACGCCACCGAGCCUUGCUCUUUAAGGUACUUGCUGAUCGGAUUGACCUUCCUUGUAUGCUGGUUAAAGGGAGCUACUAUACUGGCACAGAUGAAGGAGCUGUGAACCUGAUCAAAUUUGAUAAUGGAAGUGAAUACAUUAUUGAUCUAAUGGGUGCUCCGGGCACGCUAGUUCCCAGUGAUCAUCUUCAAAAUUCUGGGUUAGCUAUGAGGAGCAGUGCAGAUUAUGCUGAAACUGUCAACAAUUUCUGUCCGAUGCUUGAAGAAGGAACUGGGACGGCGGCAGUUUCACCUGAUCUUGGUGGACUAGUCAAAGGUGGCAGUUCAGAUUCAGUAGAAGCAUCUACUUUAGGCAUUCAGCCAAAACGUGGUGAAGGGAAUCUUAAUGAAGAAAAUCAAACCCAGAUGUUUGAGAAUGAGUUUGGGAAGCUUCUUCCUGCACUAUGUAGAUCACGUGCAGAAUUGUCGGGCACUAGUGGGAAGGGGUCACAAGCACAAAAGAUGAAAGUUAAAGAUGUUUCCAAGUACAUCAUCAGUGCAGCAAAAAACCCAGAAUUUGCUCAGAAACUUCAUGCAGUUUUGUUGGAGAGUGGUGCAUCACAACCUCCAGAUUUUCUUCUGGAUAUGAAUCCUCAUGAUCUCAGAGAAGUGGAAAUGCAUGAAAAAAUACGUCUGUUAAAUGGGGAAAAAGUGGGUGAUGGGGCUCAAGAUUAUCCAGAUAUGUUCUUGUCAAACAAUAAACUGUUGAUUAUACCCUCAACUGGAGUGGAGUCCUUUAAUGGUGCUCAUUAUGACAGCAAACAAAAGCACUCUGUUGAGGAUUUGACGGCAGAACGACUGGAGUUGGGUUCUACAGUCAUUAAUACGACACAUCCAUUACUUUCUGAUGUUACAAGUGAAGGAUCUAUUUUGCUUGUUAAUUGUGGAACUCACGCAAUUAACCAUACUGAUGAUGAUGCUUCUGUGCCUUCUGCAACCGGCAAUUACGAAGGACAACCUAAAAGGGCCCUCAUUUGUGAUGGCGGAUGGUUUGUUAAAGAUAAAGUAAGAAAUGUACUUGAUAAUGUUGACUCUGUGAGAUUGAUGGAAAUGGCCAAUAGUAGCCUGCCUAGUGCUUGCAGUAUUCAGAAUGAGAAGAUUAACCCAGUGCUUGGUGAAGUUGCGGAGUGGGAAAUUCCAUGGGAGGAUCUUCAAAUUGGAGAACGCAUUGGCAUUGGUUCAUAUGGUGAGGUUUAUCGUGCAGAUUGGAAUGGCACUGAAGUUGCUGUGAAGAAGUUCAUGGACCAAGAUAUAUCAGGCGAUGCACUUGUUCAAUUCAAAUGCGAAGUUGAAAUCAUGUUGAGGUUGAGACAUCCUAAUGUUGUUCUUUUCAUGGGAGCAGUCACUCAUCCACCAAAUCUUUCUAUACUGACAGAGUAUCUUCCAAGGGGAAGUUUAUACAAGCUGCUGCAUCGACCAAAUAAUCAACUCGAUGAAAAGAAGCGACUGCGGAUGGCUCUUGAUGUGGCCAAGGGGAUGAAUUAUUUGCACACAAGCCAUCCUAUUAUUGUGCAUCGAGAUCUUAAGACUCCAAACCUUCUUGUUGAUAAAAACUGGGUUGUUAAGGUUUGUGAUUUUGGCUUAUCACGAAUGAAGCACAAUACUUUCCUGUCUUCAAAAUCUACUGCUGGAACGGCAGAAUGGAUGGCCCCUGAGGUUUUGAAGAAUGAACCAUCCAAUGAGAAGUCCGAUGUGUACAGCUUUGGCGUGAUAUUGUGGGAGUUGGCAACUUUACGUGUGCCAUGGACUGGGAUGAACUCAAUGCAGGUUGUUGGAGCUGUUGGAUUUCAAAAUAGACACCUGGACAUUACAGAGGAGAUUGAUCCAAUGGUUGCAGAGAUAAUAACAGAUUGUUGGCAUUGCGAUCCACAAUCACGCCCCUCUUUUAGACAGCUCAUCUCACGUCUCAGGCCCCUCGAGCGCCUUCAGAGUCCAGUUGUUCAGGGAAGCCAGACUCAUUCAAAUUAUUAGACAACAAUAAAAGAAGACGACUUGUAUUAGUAGCUGAGAGAUUGUUCGAGUGCUCGAAGAGCCUGAGCAGUGGAAAUUUUUAGUUGGAGGAGCCUUUUCAAUUUCAGAUGCAAAGAAACAUAAAGAAGUGAAUGGUGGGUUGGGAAGUGUUGGUUCAUUCAAAGGGGAGUGGUCAACACAGCCAAUUCGUAAUUGGACUGAACAUCCCCCAAAUAAGUGAGUUGGGGUAAAUACCAUUUGCUGGGAACUUUUGGUAGUCAAAGUAGAUAAUCUAUCCACCAAAAAAAUAAAAAAAAUUAUUACAAAAUCCAAGAGAAAUGGUCUGUGUUUAUGUGGUAUAUUGUUAUGUGUAUGUGUAAGGGAGUCCCAUAAAGGAAAAGAGAAAUCUAUAUUGGCCUGUGUAUUGACUGUGGAGGUCAUUGUGGAAGCAUUUGAGCUUUCUUAAUUGUGAACAUUUGAUCUCUGCAGGUUUGUGUUGGGUGAAAUAAAACAACAAAGAAAAAAUAGAACAAAAAUUUACAUGUAUUCCCUCCAGUUGAAGCUUUCAGGAAUAUUUAUUACAUACUUGUGUUAUUUA